AUGAGUUAUCUCAGGGUAAAGUCACCGGUCAUCAUAUUUGGAGACGUCCAUGGACAACUGUAUGAUCUGCUGGAUAUGAUGACCUUGAUUGGGCAUCCACCAACAAAACGAAUGCUUUUUCUUGGAGACUACGUUGAUAGAGGAGAUUUCAGCCUGGAGACCAUAACCUUUCUUCUAGCGUUCAAGCUCAGAUUUCCAAAGGAGACGUACAUGCUCCGUGGAAACCAUGAGACAAGAUGCGUCAACAGACAAUAUGGUUUCUACGAUGAAUGUAAGAAAAAGUUCCCGAAAAGAGACUGCAGAGAAAAACUCUCAUUAGGUGUGGAACUGUGGACGUUGUUUCAACAUGUUUUUAACUGUCUACCCUUGGCUGCGGUGGUUGGUGGAAGGAUAUUCUGCGCCCAUGGGGGCAUUUCUGAGGAUCUAGUCUGCUUUAGACAGCUAGAGAGAGUUUAUCGGCCUACGGACAUUUGUGAUAUUGGUCUUCUAUGUGACCUGAUAUGGUCUGAUCCUUGCACCACAACGACUCUGUACGAACCUAGCCCCCGUGGAGUAUCAGCAGUGAGUGAAGGGAAUAUAUUUUUAUCUACCUUAGCGAUCUUCUGCGGGCCAUAGUG